UUGCUUUUCUUCAGCAUAAUCUCUACAAAACUUGGUGAUGACCCUACUACCUACUAUAUUGUUGGUACUGCUCUAGUCUACAGCGACGAAACGGAAUCCAAAAGCGGCCGUUUACUAGUAUUCGAAUCUGGCAAAGGAUCAGAACGAACCCACCUUCGGUUAGUACAUGAAAAAGAAAUACGUGGCGCUCCAUUCAGUAUGGAUGUGCUCAAUGGCAAGCUCAUUGUAGCUAUAAAUAGUUCUGUUCGAUUGUUUGAGUGGACCUCAGAAAAGGAAUUGCGGUUGGAAUGUUCGCAUUUCAAUUACAUCACAGCUCUGUUCAUCAAAGUCAAGGGUGACCAAGUUUUGGUAGGCGAUCUCAUGCGUUCCAUGACAAUUUUGAAUUACAAGGCCGUUGAGAGUACAUUCGAGGAAGUCGCUAAGGAUUUUCGCGGGAUGUGGAUGUCUGCAGUUGAGUUUAUCGAUGCAGAGACGGCUCUUGGAGCUGAAGCUGCGCACAAUCUCUUCACGUGUGAAAUUGAUAGGGGAGCAGACAAUGCGGAUGAAAAACGGAGAUUAGCUGAAGCUGGGAUGUUCUAUUUGGGUGAGAUGGUAAACGUUUUUCGAAGAGGAUCGCUUGUCUCCAGCCAUGUGGACAACCCUCUGCCGAUCACAAAGCCCAUACUUUUUGGUACCAUUGAUGGUACGAUUGGCCUAAUUGUACAGCUACCGGAGAAAUACUUCAAAUUCUUCUCGGAGGUAGAAAAAGGCGUGGCUAGAGAGACUGAUAACUGUAUGAGGAUUGAUCAUGCUGUUUACCGACAGUUUACGAGCGAAAAAAUCGUUGAUAAGGUGAUCGUGGUUUGAUG